GGGGGCGGACGUCACUACCCGGCGUGCCGCGCGGCGGCGCUUCCCCCACCCGCUAAUGUUUUGGCCGAUUCAAGAUGGCGGUGCAGGAGUCAGCUGCUCAGCUCUCCAUGACCCUGAAGGUGCAGGAGUACCCGACCCUCAAGGUGCCCUAUGAGACACUGAAUAAACGCUUUCGGGCUGCUCAGAAAAACAUUGACCGAGAGACAAGCCACGUCACCAUGGUGGUGGCUGAGCUGGAGAAAACCUUGAGCAGCUGCCCCGCUGUGGACUCCGUGGUCAGCCUUCUGGAUGGUGUGGUGGAGAAGCUCAGUGUCCUCAAGAGGAAGGCGGUGGAGUCCAUCCAGGCGGAGGACGAGAGCGCCAAGCUGUGCAAGCGCAGGAUCGAGCACCUCAAGGAGCACAGCAGCGACCAGCCGGCGGCUGCCAGCGUGUGGAAGAGGAAGCGCAUGGACCGCAUGAUGGUGGAGCACCUGCUGCGCUGCGGCUACUACAACACGGCUGUGAAGCUGGCGCGCCAGAGCGGCAUCGAGGACUUAGUGAACAUCGAGAUGUUCCUGACGGCCAAAGAAGUGGAGGAGUCCCUGGAGAGGCGCGAGACAGCCACCUGCCUGGCCUGGUGUCACGACAACAAGUCGCGGCUGCGCAAGAUGAAGGGCCGCCAAAGCGAGCACGACGCGAAGACGGGACGGAAAAGUAGAGUGGCCAGUGGCUCCCCUAAAGAGAGUGAGGAUCUUGGUAUGGAAACCAUAAAAGGAAAGCCAGAAUUGAGCUGCCUGGAGUUCAGCCUCAGGAUUCAGGAAUUCAUUGAGCUCAUCCGGCAGAACAAGAGGCUAGACGCCGUGAGACAUGCAAGAAAGCACUUCAGUCAGGCGGAAGGGAGCCAGCUGGAUGAGGUCCGCCAGGUCAUGGGCAUGCUGGCCUUCCCACCAGACACACACAUCUCGCCCUACAAGGACCUGCUGGACCCGGCCCGGUGGCGGAUGCUGAUCCAGCAGUUCCGGUACGACAACUACCGGCUGCACCAGCUGGGGAACAACUCUGUGUUCACCCUGACGCUGCAGGCCGGCCUCUCGGCGAUAAAGACACCACAGUGCUACAAGGAGGACGGCAGCUCCAAGAGCCCCGACUGCCCCGUGUGCAGCCGCUCCCUGAACAAACUGGCGCAGCCCCUGCCCAUGGCGCACUGCGCCAACUCCCGCCUGGUCUGCAAGAUCUCGGGCGACGUGAUGAACGAGAACAACCCGCCCAUGAUGCUGCCCAACGGCUACGUCUACGGCUACAACUCUCUGCUGUCUAUCCGUCAAGAUGACAAAGUCGUCUGCCCGAGGACCAAAGAGGUGUUCCACUUCUCCCAAGCCGAGAAGGUUUACAUCAUGUAGGCCGGGCCGCCGCUCCCCUGCCCGCCUGCGUUUCUGUUUCUUGCGACCAAAGAUCAGUGAGCGACGAUGGGGACUCCGAGGAAGGGAGGAGUCGGGUCCGCACGUCUGUGCUUGGGGACAGCCUUUCUGCUGGUAGGACUCCGAAGCGCGCGUGAGCUACCUGACGCCUUCCCCUUUCAGAGAGACCUUCCCGCCGCCGCCAAGGGAGCUUCGGCCGCUUCGGAAACAGGAGUCGGUUAUUUCCCGCGCCCCCGACCC